CAACAUCUCCACAGAUCGACAAGAUGGAUCCCGAUAACCGCGACCUGAUCAGUCCGGGAGUGGAAGAGGAUUCUUCAGUCCCCGCGUUCGGCUCAGAGGCUGGAGAUAAUCAAGGUGUUUCCGUUGAAGAAGAAGCUCCUGAAUUAGUGGACGAAAGUAGCAUCGACCUGACCUUUAUCUUCGCUAAAGAUGAAGCUCCUGAGUUUGAGAACGAACUUGGCCUCGACAUGAUCGAUAUCUUCGUUGGACCUAAGCCUAUCCAUUUCCGAGUCCAUGAGAAGCUUCUCUCCACGAAGUCCGGAUACUUCCGCAGCAUGCUCGACGGAAAGUACAAGGAAGCUAUCGAGCGUACCAUCCACAUGCCAGAAGAUUCCCCAACUACUUUCAGUCUCUUCUUGAAGUGGCUGUAUGGAGAUGAUCUCAAACACCUGGAUAAACAGACCACGAAAAACCAGGCUCUGCUUCGUCAACGCAUUGAGCUCUAUGCCUUCGGAGAGAAGAUUUUCAACGACCAUUUGAUGAAUUGCGUCAUCUCCUCCAUCAUCAGAAUCUGCCGUAUUCACGAGUUCCUCCCUUCGGCCUGUCUGGUGGAGUUUGCGUACAACAACACGAGAGAAGCUUCCCUGCUUCGCGCAUGGAUGUGUCGAGUCUACAUUCACGCACUAUACAAGGAGGACGAUGAAGACUUUUCGAUGUAUGAUAUGGCUAAGGUCAUGGAAACCGUCGAAGACUUGAGGAUGGAUAUGAUCACAUUAUUCAGGGCCAAGAACUCGGAGUCUAUGUCUGAAAAAUCUCCAUUCCUUCUGGACAGUUGCUCAUUCCAUCAUCACGAUAACGAGGAGUGCGCGUAUGCGGAUCCAGAGAAGGGUUUCAAGGCGUUCUUAGAACAAAUAGAAGUAGAUGCAGCCGGCCACCCUUCUCGUUUUCGUAAGGGGCAUCCACUUCUUUCUAGGGGAACAUGUUUCUGA